GAGCUGUGUGCACGCGACCAGUGUGUGUGUGUGAGAGAGAGAGAGAGAGAGACCGCACAGCCUCACACCCAGCAUCAGCCCGCUGCCUGACCCCGCAUCACCAUCCCGGGAGCCCCCGCUCAGUGAGCCCCGCUCUCCAUGUCCCGGCUGCUGCAGAGCUCUGACUGGUGCGAUAUGAAGGACUGCGAGCCCGGGCUGCUGGCCAGGGACUACCUGCUGGACUGCACGGACCCCCGAGCCUGGCUGUCCGCCCCCUCCCUGCACGGCCCCCCGGACUGCCUGCUGCACGCCCCGGGCCGGGCGCACUCCAUGCGGGAGCUGUGCAAGCUGAAGGCUCUGCAGGGGGAGAUGGAGGAGGACGAGGAGGAGGAGGAGGAGGAGGAGGACGCGGAGUCUGAGUGCCGGCAGCGCGCCCCCUCCGGUAAGGGCACUCACGGGGUGCAGAAGCAGCGGCGGCUGGCGGCCAAUGCCCGGGAGCGGCGCCGGAUGCACGGCCUGAACCACGCGUUCGACCAGCUGCGGAACGUCAUCCCGUCCUUCAACAACGACAAGAAGCUGUCCAAGUACGAGACCCUGCAGAUGGCCCAGAUCUACAUCAACGCCCUGUCCGACCUGCUGCAGGUCCCCCCCGAGCACCCCCCGCCCGGCCCGCCUGGCCCGCCAUACCCCCUGCACCCCGCCGCCGGGGACUUCUCAUACCCCUACCAGCAGGGGGCGCACCCCAAAGCCCCAUCCCCGGCCUCCACCGGGAGCAGGGAGUCCCCGGCACAGGACAGCAAGACCUCCCCCAGCUCGCACCGCAGUGACGGAGAGUUCUCCCCACACUCACACUACAGCGACUCGGACGAGGCUAGCUAGUCAGGAGCCAGGGGAGCCCGGCUGGCAUGGACUCAGUACUUACCUGGCACUGGGCACUUACCUGGCAAACAGGCCAGGCUUCUUCCAGACUCACACAGAAACAGUAAGCGGUGUCAAUGGGGACCACACACUACAAAUGUCACCCCCCUCUCCCCAGCCCCUGCAAGAAGAGACUCAAGUGUCAGCAUCUACCUGUCUAGACUAAACCAGAGACAUUGGGUGGUAUCGGCGUGCCCUAGACUUCUUCUUCUUCAUAUUGCCAUUAAGCAUUGCAUUGUUAGCCCCACAACCUGGACCACCACUAUGUCCAGGUCCCCUUGCAGUGAAGGUGUAUUACUUUUUUUUAUAGGUUACAUGUCUGUUUGUUUGUUAUUUUUUUCAUGAACAAAGAUAGAACACUUUUGUAUGACCUAUAGAACCCUGCCAACAGAAUAAAGAAUUGUACUCUGCUGAUUCAAUAAGGUUCCGAAUUUGCCACGGGCACACCUGAACAUUCGGCAAUGUCUUCCAUUAGAUCCGAAAGUCUUCCAAAAAAAAUGAGCAAAAUUUUCACCACUGCAGAUUUAUGUGUGUGUAUGUAUAUAAAGAUAUAAAUAUAUAAUUGUGACCCAAAACUGCCUUGCUAUGUAAAUAGUGAAAAAAAAAUGUUAGUUUUAUACUAAAUAUGUCCCCAUGUUUGUAUAUCUUCUUGCAAAACUGCACUUUAAAGCCAAUAAUGGCAACUAAUAUAAAGCAGAUGAUGAGAAAAAAAAAAUACAAAAUGCUUACUGCCAACCAUCAACAAUCAUCCAUUUAGCCAUUUAUUACACCAUUCGAGUAGCACACCGAUGUGCAAUUCUACUGCAUAUUGUCAUUGGCACUCUAAGAGCUAAUUCUUGUCAUUGCAUGGAAGGAGGGGGAACGCAUUUUUGUGUCAAAGUUAUCAUAAUUUUUCUCUUGCUUGCGUUAUUAGAUACAUAUUUAUUGUUGUGUUUGCUAUAUGAUUUGCUUGUUUUAUUACUUUUUUUUUACUUUUUCUAUGAAAAAAAAAACAAAACAAUACAUUUUGAUGUAGAACAGUUAUUGCCAUCUUUUAUUUACUGUUUCUGGGAUAAAUUAAUAAAAAAAAAA